AUGUGGAUAAUUCUAGUGAUGAUGACGAUUGUUAAUCUCGGAGGUACUAAGCGUGUAAGGAAAGAACCUCGACAAAUUUCAGUCACAUCAUCAGGUGAAGGAAGUGAAGGAGGAAGUGGUCUGAGAAAAAACCCUCAAUCAACAUCAAUGUUGCAUGUUGCUGAAGGAACUAUCUCUAACACAACUGAACCAGUAGUUUGCCAAAAUACAAAUUCUUUUCCCAAAUCAGGCACUACAGACCAUCCAUGUUUUUUAACUACACUUAUGCUUGUCCAUUUACACGCUUAUGUGACUACAACAACAGGAGGGAGUGGUUCUAGAGAAAAUACUCAACGGGCUUCAUUAGCCAUAGAAGAAGUGGUUCCAAAUCAACCACAAAGGUGGAGGCGAGGCCCUAAUAUUAAUAAAAAGGCUUCACAUAUUUUGGAAAAUCAACCUGAUGCUCGAAUUACAUUGACAAGAGAUACCUAUACAAAUAAAUUCAUUGGGGAUUCAACAAUAUCUUUUGCAACGGAGAUUGGAAUUGUGAUGCAGAGCUUUUGUCAAAUAAUAUUCCAUACAUGGGAGAAAGUAGCAGAAGAAAAUAAAGAAGAAAUGAUUAACAGAUUACGUGAAAAUAUUCUCCAACUCAAGGAGGAAGAAUGCGCCAAAUCAGUUUUGGCGGGAACAAGCAUUACUCAAGAAAUGGAAUACGGCAUAGAGAAAAAAGUCAUUAAAACUAUUUGUCCCAAACAUAAAACAUUAUUAUCUGGAUGGGAGGCUUCAAGUGGACCUGUUAUGAGGAAAAACUAUAUAAAUCUCUUACCAAGCGCAGAAACAUCUCAAUCAGCCUCAAAAGACGAAGAAGAUAUGAAAAGUAAGAUUGUUGCACUUGAGGAGGAGGUUCGAAUAAACGAAGAGAAAGUCAAACAAAUUGGAAAACCUUUGUGUAAUGUUAACGACUUGACGUUUAGGGAGGAACUUUAUGUGGUUUUUCAAUCAGGAGGAAACAAAGGGAACACAGAUGAUGUCUCAAUCGCUGCCUUCACCUUCGUAUUUCACCUCCCACACCUGACCCUUCGUUGUAGCCUUCAAAAGAACACAGGAAAAAUGGUUGCCAAUAAAUUGACAGGAAAGACCGACGUUGUCGAUAACUUGACAGAAAAGACCGAUGCUGUUGAUACCUUGAAAGAAAAGGCGGUCGCUAUCGAUGAUAAUCUGUCUGUAUGCACACUUGACUACGACAGGAAAGCUGAGCUUAUCGCAUUUGAUGAAACCAAAUCCGGUGUCAAAGGACUUGUCGAUGCUGGCAUAACUGAGGUGCCUCGGAUCUUCCGUCUACCUUCACCUGAAAACCCAAACUCCGACCAAAAGUCGCCACCGGAGCACAGUCUUCCGGUCAUCAACCUUGAAGGAAUCAAGGAAGAUCAGAUCCGGCGAAAGGAGGUGGUGAAGGAAAUCAAGGAGGCAUUGGGGAGUUGGGGUUUCUUUCAAAUGGUGAAUCAUGGAGUUCCGAUUAGCGUAAUGGAGGAGAUGAAAAAAGGAGUUUUAGGGUUUUUUGAACAGGAUAAUGAGGUGAAGAAGCAGUGGUAUACAAGAGACAGCAGUGGGAAAACGAGGGUGGUGUACAACAGCAAUUUCGACUUGUAUUCUGCUCCGGUGACAAACUGGCGAGACACUUUCUUGUGCACCAUGUAUCCUAAUCCUCCUCAGCCAAACGAGUUGCCUCCUCAAUGCAGAGAUAUUUUGUUGGAGUAUUCAAACCAUGUAAUGAAACUCGGACGUGCUGUUCUCGAAUUGAUGUCGGAGGCUCUAGGGUUGGACUCAAAUUACCUUUUAGAUCUGGGAUGUGCAGAAGGGCUUUCUAUUGGCAACCAUUACUAUCCUCCUUGCCCACAAUCUGAGCUAACGAUUGGCACCCUUGAACACGCCGAUGCUGGUUUCAUCACCAUUCUUCAACAAGAUCAUAUCGGUGGCCUUAAGGUCUUUUAUCAGAACGAAUGGACCGAUGUUCCAACUAUACCGGGAGCCUUUGUAGUGAAUGCUGGAGAUCUUUUACAGCUAGUUACAAAUGACAACUUUGUAAGUUCACGACACAAAGUGAUGGCAAACAAGGUUGGUCCAAGGAUAUCGAUGGCAUCGUUCUUUAUAAGUUACCUGACUGAUACAGGAAAGGUGUUGGGACCAAUCAAGGAGUUACUUUCGGAAGAUAAUCCAGCCAAGUAUAGAGAAACAACACAAAAAGAAUUUUCGAGCCACUACCAUCAGAAAGGACUUACUAAAAUUUCUGCUCUUACGCAUUUCAAGAUCUAG